UUAUGCGUCAUAUGUCAAUUGUCAAUACUGUUGUAAUUUGAGUGCAAAUUUCUCGUGAAUAUAAUUAUUUUUUUGUGUGCAUAUUUAAGUUUUCUAAUCAGAAUCAACAUUUUGUCUUAAUCCGGCUCAAAACAAGCUGAAACAAAAAUGUCUACCGCUAUGACUUUUGGCCAAAAGCAGUUCGUACCGACACCACCAGAUAAGGGAAGUUUUCCUUUGGAUCAUGAUGGUGUCUGUAAAAAGAGUAUGGUGCAGUAUAUGAAGUGUCUAUUGAACAAUAAUAGUAAUAACUCUUUUUGCCGUGACGAAGCAAAAGAGUAUUUGGCUUGCCGGAUGGAACAUAACCUUAUGGCUAAAGAAGAUUGGUCAAAAUUAGGUUUUCAGAGAGAGAGCGAAGAACGGUAAUCUUAUUAGGAAAGUAGUUAUUAUGUAGUUUAUAAGAAUCGUUAAAUUAUUGCAUUGUAAUAAAAUUAUUAUGUUAAAUA